GCAUACCAUAUAUGUUUCCUAUUUUGUUUCUUGAAAAUUUAUGUUUGAUAAAAAAUGCUUGGUGUAUUUUAUCAUAGCUUCUUAUAUAUUAAAUAGGAUACUUUAUAAAAAUAAAUUUCAAAAUUAAUACUGAUUAUUUAAUAUUUAAGAACCAUAUAAAUUUUAACUAACCGUUAAAAAUUAUAAUAUAGAUUUUUAAACAAACUACGUAUUACAAAGGAAGAAGACAUUAAUAGUAUAUGAAAUUUUCCGAUUAGAAAAAAAAGAGAGGGGAGAAAAGACAAAAGAUAUUGCAUACCGAAUUAUAAAUAUCACAUUAAAUUUAAACAGUUCCAGUUUCAGUGUAUGUUUUUUGACAUUUUCGUAUGUGACAUAUAACGAUAUAACCAAUAAAUGACUAUAUGACUUAAAAUAAUUUGGGAGAAAAACAAAGUUGAAUACAAUGGAUGAAAACGUACAAACAUUACAUGGGAUUCAUGGAAAUUCCAAUGUAUCAAAUGAAAUAAUUUAUCAUGCAGUAUACAUACCUGAAGAAAACAUUGAUUCUUCAAUAGAGAACAGUAUUAAAGAAAAUAUUCGAGUUUAUCAAGACAAAGCAGAAGCUUUAAAAAUAAUUAAAGAAUUUAAAACUGGCCGUCUGAAAUCAUUUAAAAAACGAUCAGAAGCUGAAGAAUAUGCUCAAAGUGGCUUUGAGAAAUCAAAUUAUGUGAAUAGUACCUUAAUAAAUCCAACUGUACCUGUAGUAGAAGAAAAAUCAAAUAAUUUUAAAGCUCCACGAUCUCAAGAUCUGAUAUGUUUUAAAAAAUUAAUUAAAGAUGGAGAUUUAUAUGCUGUAAAAACUACAGUAUGGGGAAAUCCGCGAUACUUAAUUGGUAGUGGAGAUACACCUGCAAUUCUGCAAGAAGGAUGCCGUUAUAAUGCAUUACAUAUUGCAGUUAGGGCAGACAGGCCUGAUAUGUGUGAGUUAAUAUUAAACACUGUUGGAAACACAGACUUCAUAAAGUUACUUUAUGGUGAUGAAUGCAAGAGUUAUGUGGAUCGAGCACAAAUUAUGUUAGAUUUAUAUUUAAACACACCUGACAAGGGAUUAAAUGAAACUCCAUUACACUUUGCAGUCAAAUUUGGUUUAAAAAAUGUAGUUCGAAUUCUUGUUUCAUAUCCAUGUUGUAUAAGGACAUUACCAAAUAAAUAUAAACAACUACCAAUAGAUAUAAUUUGUACUAGAACAUGUCAAGAAGAUGAAGGAUUAAAAAAAGAAAUACGUUUUCUACUGGAAGAUCAGUAUUAUGUACCUGUAUUAAGAUCAGAUGAUAAUACAUUACAACCUGUGAUUGGGGAACCUUUCUCUCCUACUAAUCUUUUGAGUUUAAAUACUGAUCCAAUUAGUCCACGUUUAGAAGUACGUGCGUUUGCUGGACCAAUGACAAAAUCUCGAGCAUUAGAAUUUAGAAAAAAGUGGAAAACGCCACCCCGUCUUCGUAUGACUCCUAUUAAAAAAACUGAUGAUGAAUCUAAUGCUAUAGAUAGUCCCACUAAUAAUUUAGCUUUAAGAUUACAAGAUGCAGAAAAGGGACUUGAACGAGUUGGAAGAGACUUGGCAGAAGAGUACCAAGUAUCGUGGAAGGAAUAUUGGCUAUUUUUAAACGACUUUGCAGAUUUUCGUACUAAGGAGGGUUUAAUGAAACUUGAAAAAUAUUUAGAACAUAAAUUUCAGAAUCAGUUACUUCACCAUAAUCAGACAUCAAAUGAGAACCUAAUUAAUUCAAACAAAAAUGCACAAACGAAAUCGCAAAUUGAUGAAAUAGAUUACUUAUGUAAUAAAUUACAAUCAUGGUCACUGCUUACAUCAAAUGGUGAAGAACAAAAUAAUGUAGACGAACUAGAAUUUUUUACACCGCCAUCAUCACCAAAAUUAACGGUAGAUUCAGAUGAUGAAAUGCAAAAUGCAGAGGAAGGACAUGGGACAUUUCUGGAAGGGCCAGUGCCAACAAAGUUAGAUCAUGCUGUUUAUAAUGCAGUAUCAACAUCACUUAAUUCCAUUACAUAUCCAAACAUAUAUCGUUGGCAACAUGACAUGCAACUUGCUAUGAAGCGUGAUUUACAUAGAAAAAAUAGCAUAAGGGGAAUUAGAAGAAAAUUGAUUAUGAAUUUUUAGGUAUGUGACAUAUCAAGAUGUUAAACGAUGUAAAAACUAAAACUAUAAAAAAUUUUUAUAUUACGCACAAUAAGAGUUAUUUGUUAAAUAACAUUAAUAUACUUCAAAACUUAUUUUAAGUGUACUAAAAAGCGAUAUAUUUUCAUAAAAUUUUAUAUAUGAUUAAAAUAAUUUAUGAAAAUUUUA